GUUGAGGAUAAAUUAGUGCAAGGUUUUAGAUGUCGAGUAAUUAUUGCUGCGACGUGGUUGUUGGAUUUAUCAAACAAAUAUGAAAAUUCUUAUUUUUAUGGAGUUGAUAUUAAACCAAUAUAUCCACAAGUGAUAAAACCACAUAAUCUUGAAUUCAUCGAAGCCGAUGUAACUAGUAGAUUAUCAUUUCAUGAAGCUCAUAUUUGGGAUUUUAUUCUUUCUGAGCUCGUUAGAGUAACGAAACCAGGCGGAUGUAUUGAAGUAGCUGGUAGACGUAAUGAUUAUGUUGGUGAUGGUUCAAUUUUUCGUAAAUUAACGGAUGCAAUUUGGUCAACAUAUUUAAUACAAAAUAUUGAUGUUAAAUUGGCUUAUAAUCUAGAUUCAAAAUUUGAAUUACAACCAAACGUAGGAGAAGUUCAUCGAAUUGAAAAAGAUUUUAUUUUAGAAUUGAGAACUAAAGUUUUAAAUGAGGAAUUGGGAAUUUCUGAAGAAGAACACAAAAAUAUGGUGGAAAACCUAGUUGACGAAUUUAAACUAACUAGCGCUGAGUGUGUUCAUUUCAGAUUUUGGACAAAAAAACAAUUAUUGGAAUAACAAUAGAAUUUUUAAGGCAAAUGAAUAUUUA